AUGGGGGAUUUUUGGGCGAGGACUCAUGGCGUCCCGCACGGGGCAACCGUGUUGUGUGCGCAAUUGUUCAUGGAGUUCAUCAAUGAGUUCAACCGGGAACUGCAUGCGAAGAACGAGAAGGCGGUGGUGCUGGUCCACAACCCGACGCGCAGCCUUACCGGAUGUGUGAAGCAGAUCAGCAUAGUGGAGGGCAUUCUCGGCCGCCCUGAAUGGGUUGUGGACACAUUGAAAGCAGUGUUCCGGGCGUGGUUCAUGCGAGCGGCGGUCACGAGCCCGGAGUGGACCCGUGCAGGCGUCUUUCCGCGUCCGCCGCUGCACGAUGUCCUGUUCAAGCUGUUCAUGGCGGGCAAGUUGACGAUGCCGGGGACAAUCCAAAGGAGCUGGUGGCGGGCCGGUAGCGUUCUGAGGGGCUGGCUGUCGCGUAUGGACUGCCUGAAAGGGAAAGCUGCGGCUGGGGUGUUUGACGGUCUGGUGCUUGAGUUGACGAGUUUGCAGCUGGUGAUUGAAGAGUUCAAGAGCAAGUGCAGCAGCAGGGCGUUCAUGACGGCGUGGGAUUUUGUGGGGUGCGACAAAGACCUCAUUGAGAAGUGGGCGCCUGCGUGGGACGAGGAGGAUGAGUCUGAGGAUGAGAAGUCGGCAUACUUCUGCAUCCCGAAGGGCCCGCUCAUGUGGGACAACCGCAGCUGUCGCCGCGUGAGCCGCAUGGUUCACGGCGGCUUCGUGAAACAUGCGGAGGCCUUGGGUAUUCAGCCGCGUGACGUGCCAGAGGAGGCCGGAGUAGUGAAUGAGGAGGUGGUGAGCCGCCUUCGCCGCACGCCUACUAAGCGCACCCGGGCCGGCAGUACAAGUGAUGAGGGGAUCACGUCAAACGCCUCGGACGGGGAAGGCCAAGCCCUGAAGGCGGGGGUUUUGUUCCCCGUGGAGGAUGACAAGGAGAGCGUCGUCCGCUUGCCCCUGCUGUGCAAGCUGGUUAACGCCCGUCACAAGGCGAUAACGAACAAGAUGACUGACCACUGGAACGCGGUGAUGGUAGCCAUCAAAACCUCAGCGGUUGGAAAAAGAGGCCCUGGGAUUUGGAGAUUAAGGGCGACGCAGACGAAAAGGAAGGGCGUCAGGGAGAAGGUGAUGCAGGUGAUCCGUGACACCGGGGGUGACCUAGCGGUACUGCUCCCGAGACUAUCGGCCUGCUUGUGGGAGUAUUCACGGGAAGAGAGGAAACAGGUCAAGGCAACUCAGGCGCAUCUGGAGCGAGAGGUGGAGACGUGGGCAGGAAUUAAGUCGGAACUGGAUGGGGAGGCGACAUCAGGUUUCCUGACCGGGAAGAUUAAAACGCGGAAGGCGAGGACAGAGGUGCAUGAGGUUAAACUAAAAGGGAAUACCUACACAGGGGCGACAGAGGUCUUGGCGGCGGCGACGGAAUUCUUCGAGGACUCUUUUGGCGGUGGCAAUGAGGCAGAUCAAGAGGUGCGAACGGCGGUGCGGGAGCUAGCCCCGGGGAAGACGUGGGGACAGGAUGGUCUUCCCAAAGAGCUAUUUGAGCACAACUGGGACCUGUUGGGGCCGGUGAUGAUGCAAUUUGUUGGCGCUUUCACUCACACACCGAAGCUUCCCGAUAGUGUCUCGACUGCGGUUACAAUACUGCUGCACAAUAAGGGGAGCAAAGAGGAUUUAGGGAACUACCGGCCGAUUACAUUGCUCAGCACGGUCUACAAGAUCCUGGCAAAGGUUCUGGCGUCUAGGUUGAAGAAUGUGCUACACGAGGUGAUUUCGGAGUAUCAGGUUGGCUUUUUACCGGGGCGGAAGCUGGCAGAUGCGGUUACAGUUGUGGCAGAUGCCAUCAAAGCAGGGGCCAGCGGCAGGGAAGACUGGUAUCUGCUGAUGGUGAAUUUUCGUAAAGCCUUCGACUCCAUAUCAAGGCCCUUCCUUUUCCGCACGCUGAGGAGAAUGGGUAUUCCGGAGGUGUUUGUAUCUUGGGCAGAAGGGCUGCACAAAGAGACAGGCACAAGGGUACACUUGAACGGCUGGACCGGGGAAACAGUUGCAGUUAAAAAGGGGGUGCGGCAAGGAUGUCCCUUUGCUCCAUACCUCUUCCUCUGUGCGGUGGAGCCGCUAUGUCAAGAGCUGUCAAGAUGCAAACUGGGCAUCGGCCGAAGGGACAUGGAGAAGUUAACAUACCUGGGAUAUGCAGACGAUUCGUCGCUGCUUUUGGGGGGUGCGGAGCAGGUGUCGGUAGCGGCAGGGGUCUUGGACGAUUUUGGCAAGAAGUCAGGCCUGAAGGUCAACCUCGACAAGACGGUGUUGCUUCCACUGGGGAAAAACAGGGGGAAGCCGCCACUGCCAGACCUGCAAUACAAGUGGGCUGAUAAGGGGGAGCCGGAGUGGCUUUUGGGGGUAUGGAUAACGCCAAACGGUGACCCGCUGCCAUCCUAG